CGUUAAGACUGGCGGAACCGAGCUGUUUUUGUCUCAGCAGUUUUCCUCUUAACGUCGGUUAUUCUGUGUAUCUACAGUAACAGUUUUUGUCAUGGAGGAGGAGAAGAAGUCACCGCUUCCAGUUAAGCAGAUUUUCGUGAACGACGUCCACACGUACGUUUCUAAGCACGUCGCCGAGAUUAUAGGACAGAUUGAAGCUCCUGAGGGGUCGGACGAUGAUGACUCAGACGACCAGACACCGAGUCCCCGAGACGAACCUGCUUUUCAGGUCGUAGGAACUUCCAUCAAUGAGGAAAAAGUCCAGAAUCUACACCAAGUGUAUGUGUCCCCCAGCAGAGAGGAGCUGCAGCAGCUGCUGCUGGAGUGUGAGGUUGUGGUUUACUGCGUCACCGAAAGUGCAACUCAACAGCAGAUUGAAGAAGCAACAUGGGCAUUAUCAGUCCUUCAGGAUGAAAUGGCAAACUUCGAAACCCGGAGAUAUUUUAUCGUCGUCUCCACAUUGAUGACUUGGACGAAUUUCAGGCUUUCAGAUAUAAAUGACGCAGGUCUCCCUUUUUUAGAAGAAGAUUUUCUGCGCAGAAGGCCUCAUCCCAAGUUCAGGAAACACAAUGAGCUGGAGAAACUGGUGCUCAAGUUGCCCCGAGGUAAAGCAUCUAAGCUCAAAGGUUACGUUGUAUGUGCUGGAUUUCAGUACGGAAUGGGAGAAAAUCUCUUCCACUACUUUUUUAAGGUUUCAUGGUUAAUGCAGGAGCCAAAGGUUCCCAUAUUUGGAAGUGGUGAAAAUUUUAUUCCCAUGAUUCAUGUUUGUGACCUUGGAAGAGUGGUCCAAGAGAUCAUUAAGGUGAAGCCAAGCCCAAGGUACAUCGUUGCCAUUGAUGAAUCCAAGACCACGUUAGAGGAGGUUGUAAAGACUAUUAGUGAGGUGCUCGGGCCAGAAAAAAUCAGCAAGUUACUUCCAGAAGACGCCAUCAAAAUGAACGCUUUUAAGCCGGAAGAACUGGACUGUCUCAACGUCAACCUGCGAGUGGAUGCUUCUAUAGUCAGCGACUAUUUGACCUUUGACUGGACAAGUGAAGAGGGACUGGUGAAAAACAUCAAGAGCAUCGUGAAGGAGUACAAACUCGCAAGACAGCUUUUCCCGAUUAGGAUCUGCCUGAUUGGCCCUCCGGCGGUGGGGAAGACGACUCUUGCCAUGAAGCUCUGCCAGUACUACAAACUUCAUUACAUCAACGUCAACAACAUGUUUGAUGAGAAGAUUUCUCAUCUGGAGACGACGAUAGCUACCGAGGAGUAUGAAGAAGAAGUUACCGAAGAAGCUCUAGCUGCUGCACAGGACCAGCUGGAAUAUAUCAACAGGACUCUGGAGGACAACGAAGGUGUUCUGAGUGAGGACCUGAUUUCUGAGGUUCUGCGUGAAAAGCUUUUCUCUAAAGGAAGCAGGAACCAAGGGUUUGUUCUGGAUGGCUUCCCUCAGACUAUGGAUCAGGCAAAGGCGGUUUUUGCUGAUGAGAGUCAGGAGAACCAGGAUAUAGAUAUACUGUCCAAAAUGCCGUGGUACAACAAGUUCAUCACCCCAGAGUACAUUUUUGCCCUCGAAGCACCAGAUGAUUUCCUGAUCAACCGAGUGCAAGAGCUUCCAGACAGCGUAGCUGAGAAGAUGCGCUACACCCAGGACGAAUUCACGUCUCGUCUGGGUGUAUACCGGCAACUCCACAGAGCUCCAGUAACCUUGUUGGACUUUUUUGAUCAGCGGGAACUCCAUCCAGAAUAUUUAGACAUCAGCUCAGAUGAUUCGGAGUACACAUCUUCUAUGAAGAAAAUUAUUGAGAUUAUAGGGGAGCCCAAGAACUACGGCGGGACUCCAGAGGAGCAGGCGGAGCAGAAGAGAAUUAAAGAGGAAGAGAGAAAGCAGAAACUGGCGGCGGAGGCAGCAGAGAGGAAGGAGAGGAAGGCGACUGCUCUGGCUGAGAUGACGGGUCAUUACGAGGAUUGGAAGAAGAGUCUGGGGAUGGUGGUGGAACAGGAGUCUGAAAUGUUGGAAGCCAAAGGUCUUCCUCUCAGAAACUACCUGAUGAAGCACGUGAUGCCUUCGCUGGGCGAGGCCAUGCUGGAGUGCUCCAAGGUCAAACCAGAAGACCCCGUCGACUUCCUGGCUGAACAUCUUUUACGGAACAGCACAGAAGACUGAACAACGUCAGAUCUAAACGUCAUGGACAAAUUGACAUGAUCGGUUUGUGAGCAAUCACUCAAACUCUUAAGAUGUUAUGAUAAAAAGUACAGUUUCGAGCACUUCAUCCUCUAAUCUAAAUUCAAUAAAAGCAAGUUUUACGCAAUGGAAAACGUCACAUUUAGCAAAAAUGUGAAAUCUGCAUUGUAAAUGUUAAUUAAAUAGCAGAUUAAAGAGCUUGUCUUUGUAAAAGGUUCACUUCUUCCAUUAUUAACUCUUAAUUGUGAAAUUUUGACAUCCUGCAUUUAGAGAAAACCAAUUAGAGAGAUUUGACUAAACCGUUGAACUCAAAAUUAUAAGUUACCGAACUAAAUAAACAGUUUAAAUAACAAGGGAAGCAGCAAUGUCCAACGGAUGAAAGAGACAAAAUGCAAGGAACAAAAUCUGAUUUACGAAAAUUUAGCCAAAUAUUCCAGAUUUUUUGGCACCAUCUUUACUUUCAGUUGCAUAAAAUAUUUUUUUUUAAAUAUAACCUUUAACAUUAGUGUUUAUUACUUGCAGUAUCUACUCUGACCAUUCCUAUAAAAUUAAUGUAUUUUACAUACACUUAGCUUUUCUUUUGUUUUGUUGAUUAGUGUUAUUUUUGCCACUCUUCAAAAGGAAAAAGACAAGAGAACAUAAGACAGAUGUGAGUUGAUGUGCAUGACUCAGAACAUGGCUAUAGGAAAAUGGCUGCUUGCCAAAAAUCUGUCAAAUUCUGGCAAGAGCGAUAAUUUAUGUUUAAGCGAAACAUGAAAUAUCUUCCAGGGUUUUUAGUUAAAAAUGACUAAAACAGCUGGAAAUUUGAUAAAUUGAUUAAUAAAUGUUUAGCUUGCCAUAAGGCAAAGUAGUGAAGAUGGUAAAGGAGGUAAAAACUUCAAAACAUCAAGCAUUUUAGUAAAUGUUCAUGGCACUGUGAAAGCAAAACCCAAAAUUUCCAAGCAGAUUUGACAAGUAAUAUGAACACUAAGUGACUGAAAUACACUUUUAAAACGUCCUGUGAUAGAAUAAAGUGUAAACUUUACCAAACAUCCGUAAUUUUUGCGGGUUUGUACUGGUUUUGGUUCUGUUCUGUUUGUGGCUCAGACUGAGCUGCAGAGCCAACACCUCCUGGAAGAAGGAUUAUUCCCCCAAUGUUUCCAGUAAAGAUGUAUAAAGUUGUAGAGCUCACGAAAUUAAAUACUGUAUUUUCCAGCUGAGCAGAAAUAUAAUGCAGUAUAUACUGUAUAUAUGUUUUAUCUCCAAAGCAACAAUCAUAAAUACCACAGAUGCAAGAGGUCAAAUCUCAGGCAUUCCACUGGUAAAGCCUUCAGUUCACCACUAGGUGGCGCAGAAAGACUUUUUUUGUAAUAGAAUAGAAAUAUCCUUUUAAUGUCCCAAAGUGGGAAAAAUUUGGUGUAGAAGGAAAAAAAAUGACGUAGAUUCACAAACACACUGUACAUAAGAGCAAAAUUACAACAUAAAAUAGUGCGACUGAGUAGAAUCAUUUUUUUAAAUGUUCAUGUGUGUUUGUGUACAUCUUACCUAAGAUCUUCUCAUAAAAGUAACAAAUCUUGGAGGGAAACCCAGACAAUUAAAAUAAACCCACAUAAAUGUCUAAUAAAGAUUUAUAAAAAAAAUAUCAAGUGGAGCUUGUGGGUUGGUUAUUGUUGUAACAACAAUAACCCAAAACUGCCAUCAUAGUUUGUGUGAGUUGGUAAAAGUAAGUGCUAACAGAAAGUAAAGACUGUGCACUGGCCAUCUUUUUUUUUUAUCUGUGUCUUUGUAGGAAAUACAUUGUAAUUUUCUCCAACGUACCAUCUGUUGCAAAUAAAGGAUUUCCUUUUUUGUUGUU